AUGAUUAAAAUACAUAGAAAUCGUACAAGACAAUUUAUAGAAGAAAAAUUUAAUGAGCUUCUUUACGAAUCAUCAGGGGAGUUUCAUAACUUCUGCCGCAUGAGUUUCACAGAUUUUGAGUAUUUGCUAGACAAAAUUUCUCCUCUAAUUUCGAAACAACAAGAUACGGACUUCAGGGAAGCUAUACCAGCGAAAUAUCGUCUAGCAAUAACAUUAAGGUUUAUCGCAAGUUGUGACAGUUAUAAAAGUUUACACUAUUUAUUCAAAGUGUCUCCCCAAGCAAUUUCAAAAAUUAUACCUGAAGUCUGCAAAGCAAUUAAUGAUGUUCUAAGAAAUGAAAUAAAGGGGAGUUCAGAAUACGAGGUUUCGGAAGAUGACGGUCGGUAUGGAGCCGAUGGUGAAUUAUUUGGCAAAGGUUCGGAAUAUGAUGUUUGGGAAGUUGAUGGUCGUAUUGAAAUUGGUGAAGUUUUUGGUAAUGGCACAGAAUAUGACUGA